GCCGUCUUCUGGGACAGCUCUUUGGAAUGUGACAUCCAAGAGAAGAUGAACUUUGAGCUCUGCAUGCGGGAGGGGAUCUGCAGGCUGCUGGCAGUGAGCACGCAGAGGGAGCAGCUCCUGCACGCUGUGAAGAACCUGCUGGUGUGCAACGCUCGCAUCCGGGCCUACAGGGCACAGCUGCAGGCCCCAGGGGAGCAGCAGUCUUCAGAAAAUGGGACAAAAGACCGGACGGCUUGCAGAGCAAGGGUUGCUAUAUCAGAUAUUCGAAUACCAUUAAUGUGGAAAGGCUCUGACCAUUUCAGCAAAAAAGAAAAAUCGCAGCGCUACGCAGUGUUCUGUUUGUUCAGCAUGGGAGCCGAGGUUUUUGAUACUGAGGUGACUCUUGUGGAUGAAGCAGUCACAGAUAUCUGUUUUGAAAAUGUAACCAUAUUUGAUGAAGCAAGCCCAAAUUUCCAGGUGAAGGUUGAAGUCUAUAGCUGCUGUACAGAAGAGUCUUUAUGUAUAACAAACACUCCUAAGAAACUGGCAAAGAAACUUAAAACAUCCCUCAGCAAAGCUACAGGGAAGAAACUCAAAGCUGCACUGGAAGAAGACAGCACUGAACCCCUUUUGCCUGCUGACCCAGUCAUCCAUGGAGCAAAGUUCAGUUUGCUGGCAUACACCACUCUGGGGCUGGAAAGCGCUGAGGACAAUUUCAGGACCCAUAACCUUACCAUUACAGGAAAUGAGGAAUCCUCUUUUUGGCUGCCCCUGUAUGGGAACAUUUGCUGCCGUUUAGUUGUGCAGCCCUCCUGCAUGGCCAGGGAUAUGAUGGCAGGAUUUCUAAAUCAGCAGCAAAUGGUAGGAGGCCUGACAAGCUGGAGGAGGCUGUACUGUGUACUGAGAGGUGGCAAACUCCUUUGUUAUUACUCACCAGAAGAAAUUGAGGCCAAAGUGGAGCCAGCAUUGACAGUUUCCAUCAACAAGGAAACCAGGAUUCGAGCUGUGGAUAAGGACUCCAGCAGAAGAGCCAAUAACUUCUCUGUUAUCAACCCCGUGUCUGGAGAGGGUGUGACGCAACGUUUUGCUGCUGACAGUAGGGAUGAACUUCAUCAGUGGAUGGAGGCUUUCUGGCAGCACUUUUAUGAUCUGAGCCAGUGGAAGCAUUGUUGUGAGGAACUUAUGAAAAUUGAGAUUAUGUCACCACGGAAACCACCUUUGUUCUUGACAAAGGAAGCGACCUCCGUCUACCAUGAUAUGAGCAUUGAUUCUCCAGUGAAACCUGAGGGCUUAGCUGAUAUCAUACAUAGGAAAAUUGAAGAGAGCGAUGGUGAGUUCCUUCUUGGCCAGCAGAAAGAGCCUGCAUCUGCCCUGUGGGCGUCACUCUUUGAUGGAUCUCAUGAGAUGACUGUUCACAAAAACACGCAUCCAGACCCCAAUGCUACCAGCCCCAAUGACAGCAGAGGAAAGAAAAGAAGAGCUCCACCUCCACCCUCUGAUAAGUCACCCUACAGUGCAGAAGCCCAGGUGAACACAGAGCAGCUGGGCAAGGAAAACUGGGGGAAGCCUGACCACACACCUGCCUGUAGCUCCUCCUUUGAGUUGGUGUUAGCUACGAAGAUGCAGCAGCUGCAAACCCCCAUUGCUCCCCCUCACAAAAUUGGCCUUUGUGGGAAAAGUGGUUUAGCUGGCCUGGGGAAUCCUGUUUCUCUGCUGAGCAAGACCAAGUCUGAAACCAAACCAGUCCCAACCCCUAGACAUAAAGGCAUCACAGAAAUACUAGACCCCAGGUCCUGGCUGCAUCCAUAGGCAUCAUAUUUAGCUUAGAGGAGUCUUUGGAAUUUAAAGUUUCUCAGCCUUCUCCUAAUAUCCUUCAUUAAAAGUAGAUUUUAGCAUUUAGCUCAAGUGUUUCCUGUGAGCCAGGGCAUUACUGCUAGCUGCAGUCUCAGCUGUAUUCAUUAGUGCUCUAUCUGAAUAAUUGCACUAGAAUGGGGGGGUGUUUCUCUGUCUGAAGUAACGGUGCUAUUUCUGAAAACAAUAGUUCAGUACUUUCCUCUUGAAAAAACCACAGUGUUCAGGGUAAGCUCAGCUGUCCCCACAGCAGGGAUGUUCCCAGGGCCUCCUACCAGUCCCUCAGCUUAGCCCAUCCACAGCUCCUCAGACUACUCAAGUGGGAAUUCACACAUAUUCAGCACAGAUCUUGCAAAGCUGAUUUUCUUGGGCUCCAUGCUUGCUGCAUCCUCUCAAUCCCUUGCUGUUUAGGAAACACUGCCUAUAUGGUAAUCGAGUAUGAAAAGCUUUUGUGCUGUUCUGAAUGGCUCUGUAACUCCAUACAAAUUUCUGAGGCAGUUCCCUCAAUUUAGUGUGGGAUUUCCCAAGUUCCUGCUGGUUCAUGUGCAAUUGGAAUGGACCAGAAUUAUCUGUCUUUGAGCAAGGAUAUGAUCCAUCACUGCUGGUUUAUUUUGGGCUAAGACAAGCAUUCAAAAGCAGUUGCUUGGGUAUGUGCUCAUCUUAGGGUUGUUUUUCCUGAUAAACGUGGUCUGUACCACAGCUCUCCUUUGUGGAGCCUCUCAGCUGUUCCUGCUGGGGCGCUGGUUUGUAAACAGGCAGUGAUACUGGUAACAAACAGGGCUUUGCACCACUUGUUCCUUCUGCAAUAGCACAGAAUAAGCACUUCAGGUGAAGAUACUGAACUCUGAGAUUCUUUCAUCAGACUGUUCACUCCUGUUUCACUUCUAUAAGAAGUAUGGGUUGUUAGGGUUCCUGUGGCACCUACAAAGCAUCUACUACAUAAGGAAGAGCUGUGUUCUCUGGGAUCCACAGCUUAAAUACCCAGCCAUUUCCUUGGCUGAUGCAUUUGUCUCAGAUGCUGGAACUUAUCCAAGGGCAAAGGUCUGCUUGCAGUUCUCCCUCUGGAGACUUGGUGCUCAGACCUGUGUUGAGAGGGUCAUAUCAGUGACUGUACACAUACAGUUCUUUUUUUUUUUUUUUUUCCAAAAAUGUGGAUGGCUCUGG